AUGUUGUCUCGAAGCGUCACGCGUCUAGCUUCAGCGGCUCCACGCUCCGGCGUGAGGGCUCUGAGCUCGACCGCGCUGCAGCAAUCCGCCACCCCUUCCAUGGGCGACAUCAGCCCUUCGCGCACGACCGUGGACGAGUUCAACAGGAAGCAGCAGCAGUUCAGAGAGCAGCUGAUCAAGGCACAGAAGGAACGGGAAGCUCGUGCGUUGGCCCGCCAGGAACCGGCUGCCUCCACUUCCAGUCCUGCGACUGGGAAGACGCAGGCUGCGAGCCAGACGGCUAAUGAGACAACAGGCACUGCGGCUCAAAGUAAAGAGCACCAGCCGGAGCGCAAGUCGGGCGCGCUGACGAACCUCAUCUACGGCACGAAGGAGGGCCGUGAGAUGGAUGCCCAAAUCGAGGCCAGCUUCAGCCAAGUACUUGCCCGGGGCAAGUACGUUCAUUCGAUUGUUUUUCACGAAGUCAAGCCCGAUAAGGUGGACGAGUACGUUGAGCUCGUGGGCCAGUGGUACCCUAAGAUGGCCAACCUACCCGAGAACAAGGUGCACUUGGUGGGCAGCUGGCGGACAGAGGUCGGGGACUGCGACACUUUUGUUCAUAUCUGGGAAUACCAGAAGUACGAAGGAUACCAUGACUCGCGCCAUAACAUUACGCACCAUCCCGAAUUCGCCGACUUUGACCGCAAACUCGCCAAGUUGAUCAAGUCAAAGAAGAUAUCUCUCAUGCAGGAAUUUUCCUUCUGGCCCACUACGCCUCCACGCCAACUGGGUGGUGUCUUUGAGCUGCGAUCGUAUACGUUGCAUCCUGGCAACCUGUUGGAGUGGGAAACACAUUGGAGGCGGGGCCUGAAGGCUCGCCGCGAGGUUAUGGAGGGCGUUGGCGCCUGGUUUGUCCAGAUUGGUGAGCUCAACACGGUUCACCAUCUCUGGCAAUUCGCCAACUUGGAGGAGCGAAGGGCGAGGCGCGAGCAGAGCUGGUCGGUGGAAGGUUGGAGCGAUACGGUGCACAAGACAGUGCCACUGAUCCAGGAGAUGAAGUCGCGGGUGCUGAUUCCCAUGCCGUGGUCCCCCGUGGCAUAA